GCUCAAUGGGACUCUGACAGAGUGUGCGUGGCCGCAGAGAAACCGAGCGCAGCUUCAUUUCUGCGCAUUUUCUGAUUCUAUUGAAGAGACCUGCGGCUGGAUUUGGAUUAUUAAUUCAGAGGAGAGUCCGGACCGAGCCGAGCCGAUCCGAGGCGAACCGAACAGAGCCGAGCUGAGCCGGACCAGAACAAACCCGAAAAUACAGACAGAAAGCCAGACAGGCUGCUUCAUCUCCUCCUUCCAGAGCCGACCGGAGUCAUCCUCCCGAGGUGAUGCUGUGCGUCUGACCCGGGAUCAGUGAUGCCGGCCUCCUGCGUGUCAGUGUGCAUGUGACGUCGACCUGCGUCGUGGAGCCAACAUGGCUGCCGUGUGUGGAGCCUCAUUAACAGUGUGCCUGUGUUUCCUGCUGCUGCCUCCUGCUGUCACCGCCACCGGUCUGCAGUCGGAGGACAGAGAGUGCAUCUUCUCUGACAUGCUACAGAGGGCGGAGCCUCACAGCGGAACGACCAAUGAGCUGCGAGAGAACAGCACGGUUCGCUGCAACCUCCGCUGCUUUGGAUUGUGGGAAAAGAAACCAGAUGGGGGAAUGCACCCGGUCAAGCAAGGUUGCUGGCCUCACAAGCAGGAGUGUCUUAGCGACCAUUGCCAGGUAACGGCGGCGGCCUCUGUGACCCUGAACGACACAGACUACCAUUUCUGCUGCUGCAGCAGAGACCUCUGCAACGCCAACUUUACCGAGCCCCCGCCCACCGCCGACGCCCCCGCCCUGAGGCUGAUGAAGCCAGACGGGUGGGACGACAGACUGACAGAUCCCCAGCCGCUGCGACGGGAGGAGACGGCGCUCAUCACCCUGGUAACUGUCGCUAUAGCGGCUGUUGCCGUUGUGGCUUUGUUCCUGGGAUACCGCAUGAUGAAAGGGAAGAAGAAACAGAGUCUGUCGGCUCUGGAUGUGAUGGAGGCAGCAAACAGUAACACUGCUGUCGACCUGGAUCAUCUCAAACUACUGGAGCUGAUUGGUCGGGGUCGUUACGGCUCGGUGUUUCGCGGCUUUCUCAACGAGCGCUGCGUGGCCGUCAAAGUCUUCAGCUCGGCCAACCGGCAGAACUACGCCAACGAGCGCUCCAUCUACUGCGUGCCGCUGCUGCAGCAACACGACAACAUCGCCCGCUUCCUGGGCGCCGACGAGAGGACGGCGUCCGAUGGGCGGCCAGAGUUCCUGAUCCUCAUGGAGUUCUACCCACACGGCUGUCUGUCUCGCUACCUGUCUCUCCACACGGUGGACUGGACUACCUGCUGCAGGAUGACUCACGGUGUGACCAGAGGACUCGCCUUCCUGCACACUGAACUCUACAGAGGAGACCAGUACAAGGCGGCCGUGGCCCACAGAGACGUGACCAGCAGGAACGUUCUGGUCCGAGCCGAUCUGUCCUGCGUCCUGGCUGACUUCGGCCUGUCCAUGAGGCUGACGGGAAGCCUGCCCUGUCGCCCCGGAGACGACGACACCGUGGCCAUAUCUGAGGUGGGGACAGUACGCUACAUGGCCCCCGAGGUUCUGGGUGGAGCUCUGAACCUGAGGGACUGUGAGUCGGCUCUGAAGCAGGUGGAUGUCUACGCUCUGGGGCUGCUCUACUGGGAGAGCUUCAGGAGAUGCUCCUACCUGUUCCCAGGCGAGGCGGUACCAGAGUACCAGCUGGCGUUCCAGGCCGAGCUCGGGAACCAUCCCAGCUUCGAGGAGAUGCAGGUCCUCGUCGCCAGAGAGAAGUUCAGGCCCAGAUUCCCUGAAUCCUGGAAGGAGAACAGCCUGGCGUUGCGUUCCCUGAAGGAGACGAUGGAGGACUGCUGGGAUCAGGACGCUGAAGCUCGACUCACCGCUCAGUGUGCAGAGCAGAGACUGUUUGAACUGUCUCUGCUGAGUACACACACUGCAGUACACAACCACAGGAACCUGUCUCAGGGCCUCUGGCCUCCUCCAGCUGGCCCCUCCUACAUUGAGGAUCUCCAGGUGGGCGUGGUCAAGAAUCUUCAGGGAGAUGGCCACCCAGCAGAAGGUCCUGAGAAGAACAGAAACUCCAUCAACCACGACCGGCAGCAAGCACAGGCUCGCUCGUCCACUUCAGACAACAACGUGUUGUCCAGCUCCGCCCUGACACCUGCCUCCACCCUCCUCACCAUCUCAGAGUCCCAACACACAGGGGGCGCUGUGCUCAGUGUCUGCCGGCCACUGACAGAAGAAGACCUGGAGACCCAAAAACUGGACCCAAAAGAGGUGGAUAAGAACCUGAGGGGAAGUUCUGAUGAAAACCUGUUGGAGCGUUCUCAGAAACAGUUCAGCGGUUCAUCCAACCUCCUGUACGACCACAUACUGCAAACUGCUGAGGUGAACUACUGUGUGUCGGUUCCUCAGGGGGAGCUGGGAGGUGUUGGGGGGGUUGAGACCACCCUCCCCCUCCCCAAACUGCAGAACCUGCCCCAGAGACCCACCAGCCUCCACCUCCUCCACAGAACCAACGAGACCCCCUCUUCCAGACUGAAGCUGGGAAAGCUCAAGUCCAACCACAGACAGGUACAGAACCACAGACAGGUGGAAACUGGCGUUGCUAAGAUGAACACGGUGGCGGUCGCCACGGCUGCAGAGCCUCGCCAGGUAACGUCGGUGACUUUCAACGCCACCACUGUGAGCCGAGGUCACUCGAAAACGGCACUCGCCGGCGGCUGCAGCGCGGGCGCCCCCGCCCUGGUGACCAACAGUCUGAUCGGACGCGGGCGGACCAAUCCGGCCGGGCCGCAGCUGGAGGACGAGGACAAGAUGGAGGCCGGAGAGGACCAGAGGACCAACCUGCUCCACGCCAGUCAAGAGGACCAGAGGACCAACCUGCUCCAGGCCAGUCGAGAGGACCAGAGGACCAACCUGCUCCAGGCCAGCCCCGACGAACACGAGCCGCUGCUGAGCCGGGAGCAGCCGCCCGCUGAGAGCCAACCGGGCCGGGCAUCGAACGCCAACAACAACAACAACCGGACGGCGUGGGCCUCCGGCGAGGAGAGAGGUCAGGGCUCGGGUUCAGACCCUUGUGUCCGCAGAGCGCCGGUGUCGACCCACGGGUCCUCCAGAACCCCAGAGACUCGUCUGGUCCGGACUCAAACAGAAGAAGCUCUGGUGCUGGAUCCAAAAGCCCUCGGAUCCCCGGUCUCUGAUCCAAAGGCCCUCGGACCCCCAGUCUCUGGUCCAGUCUCUGUUCCAAACCCUCCAGUCUCUGAUCCUAAUCCUCCAGUCUCUGGUCCAGUCUCUGUUCCAGACCCUCCAGUCUCUGGUCCUAAUCCUCCAGUCUCUGGUCAUGUCUCUGUUCCAGACCCUCCAGUCUCUGGUCCUAAUCCUCCAGUCUCUGGUCAUGUCUCUGUUCCAGACCCUCCAGUCUCUGGUCCUAAUCCUCCAGUCUCUGGUCAUGUCUCUGUUCCAGACCCUCCAGUCUCUGGUCCUAAUCCUCCAGUCUCUAGUCCAGUCUCUGAUCCAGACCCUCCAGUCUCUGAUCCAGACCCUCCAGUCUCUGAUCCUAAUCCUCCAGUCUCUGAUCCUAAUCCUCUAGUCUCUGAAUCUCAACAACCCGCAGCUCUUGCAGGACCUGCAGCGGUUCUACGCCGUCCAGCCUUCGAUCCUCAAACUCCGCAGACCAGACGCGGGCGUCCGUGUUCCCUCGACCUAUCAGCAUCCCGCAUCUCUUCAGAUGAGGCUCCUCUGACAGAUGACGGCGGUCUGAGCGCCUCGGGAGAGAAAAUUAAACGGCGAGUCAAGACUCCAUACACGGUGAAGAAAUGGCGUCCGGCCUCGUGGGUCGUUUCCACGGACACAGCUCUGGACCCGGACUUCAACAGUCAGACCCAUUUCCCUUCUGGCUUCCACGGAGCGGGAAGCUUCGGCAUCCCCAAAAUCAACCAGUCUAAAUCCAGCAUGGCGGUGUUUCUGGUCGGAGGCGGAGCCACGGCCACCGCGACCUCCGACCCCGACGGGAUCACCUGCUUCUAAACGGCGGCGUUGUCUUUUCUUAAAGGGCCAGUGUUGUGGGAGUUUGUCCCGUCUAGCGUUGAGAUCGUAUAUAUCUCAAUCAGCUCUCUCUCACCACACAGUUCACAGCAGGUAUCAACGCUACAGUCGCCUUCACACUUCUACAACACGCUCUCUCGCUCUUUUUAAUCUCCGUUUUCUUUUUCUGGGAGAAGAAGAAGAAGAAGACUCCUGUUACUGAAAUUUGGAUUUUGAAUACGUAUGUUCCUCCAUGUUUCCUUCUUCUACCCG